AUGGGGUCUGUGCCGGAGGAGUCGGUUGCGGCGGCGCCGGAGGUGGUGUUCCGGUCGAGGCUGCCGGACAUCGAGAUCCCCAACGAGCAGACGCUGCAGAGCUACUGCUUCGCCAAGAUGUCCGAGGUGGGGUCCCGCCCCUGCAUCAUCGACGGCCAGACGGGCGCCUCCUACACCUACGCCGAGGUGGAGUCGCUGUCCCGGAAGGCGGCGGCGGGGCUCCGCCGGAUGGGCGUCGGCAAGGGCGACGUCGUCAUGAACCUGCUCCGCAACUGCCCCGAGUUCGCCUUCUCCUUCCUCGGCGCGGCGCGCCUGGGCGCCGCCACCACCACGGCCAACCCCUUCUACACCCCGCACGAGAUCCACCGGCAGGCGGACGCGGCCGGCGCCAUGCUGAUCGUCACCGAGGCCUGCGCCGUGGACAAGGUGCUGGAGUACGCGGCCGGGAAGGGCCUGCCCGUGGUCACCGUCGACGGGAAGCGCGACGGGUGCGUCGAGUUCAGCGAGCUGAUCGCCGGCGAGGAGCUGCCGGAGGCCGAGGAGGCCGGGAUCCACCCCGACGACGUCGUCGCGCUGCCCUACUCCUCCGGCACCACCGGGCUGCCCAAGGGCGUCAUGCUCACGCACCGCAGCCUCAUCACCAGCGUCGCCCAGCAGGUGGACGGGGAGAACCCGAACCUGUACUUCAGCAAGGAGGACGUGCUGCUGUGCCUGCUGCCGCUGUUCCACAUCUACUCGCUCAACUCGGUGCUGCUGGCGGGGCUGCGCGCCGGGUCGGCGAUGGUGAUCAUGCGCAAGUUCGACAUCGGCGCGCUGGUGGAGCUGGUGCGCGCGCACGGCAUCACGAUCGCGCCCUUCGUGCCGCCCAUCGUGGUGGAGAUCGCCAAGAGCCCCCAGGUGACCGCCGGCGACCUCGCCUCCAUCCGCAUGGUCAUGUCCGGCGCCGCGCCCAUGGGCAAGGAGCUGCAGGACGCCUUCAUGGCCAAGAUCCCCAACGCCGUGCUCGGCCAGGGGUACGGGAUGACGGAGGCCGGGCCGGUGCUGGCCAUGUGCCUGGCGUUCGCCAAGGAGCCGUUCAAGGUCAAGUCCGGGUCGUGCGGCACGGUGGUGCGCAACGCGGCGCUCAAGAUCGUCGACCCCGACACCGGCGCCUCCCUCGGCCGCAACCAGCCCGGCGAGAUCUGCAUCCGCGGGGAGCAGAUCAUGAAAGGUUACCUGAACGACCCAGAGUCCACCAAAAACACCAUCGACAAGGAUGGAUGGCUGCACACCGGAGACAUCGGCCUCGUCGACGACGACGACGAGAUCUUCAUCGUCGACAGGCUCAAGGAGAUCAUCAAGUACAAGGGCUUCCAGGUGGCGCCGGCGGAGCUCGAGGCCCUCCUCAUCACGCACCCGGAGAUCAAGGACGCCGCCGUCGUAUCACUGAAGGACGAUCUUGCUGGCGAAGUCCCGGUCGCCUUCGUUAUGCGGAUCGAAGGCUCCGAAAUCACCGAGGAUGACAUCAAGAAAUUCGUCGCAAAGGAGGUUGUUUUCUACAAGAGGAUCCACAAGGUCUUCUUCACUGACUCCAUUCCCAAGAACCCUUCCGGCAAGAUCCUGAGGAAGGACUUGAGAGCCAGGCUCGCCGCCGGCAUCCCUAGCUAA